AUGGCUACUGGUUCAAGCAUAAUCAUCGAUGGAGAGACGUUCGACCUUAUCACCAUACCAAGUGCAGAAAGCAAACUGGUGCAGUCAGCCAAACAGGAGCUUCUUGGCGAUCUAAAUCUCCAGAGACUUGUUGAUGACUUGGGAAAACUCGGAACGUUUAUGCGCGUUGCUUACAACGGUGUGGCAGGAAAUACUAAGGUACAAAUAAAAGUACAGAGUGUCGGCUACAAGAUUACAAAACUGGCUGACAAAUCAGCUAUCACAGUACACCAGUUCAAACGUACAUCGACAGAGGUACUUAAAAAACUGAAGAACACCUAUCAGUUCUUGCUAGAUGGACAAGAAAAGGUGGCGGUACUAACGCUCUCGAGGAUGGCUAACAAGGCAGAAGCCAUGGCGAAAGCGGCAAAGGAAUUACGAGAAGAUUUCGACCAGACAACAGAAGAUGUGAAAAAAGCCUUAGAAGAUACACAGAUGGCAAAAGGUGAUCAGGAAGACACCAAGACAACUCUGGAGAGGAAAAGAAGGGAAUUCAAAGAGAAAAAGGAGAAAGCGGAGGAGCUGGAGAAAAUUGCACAAAAGGCUGAAGAGGAGGCGACAGAAUUGUACAAAAAGGCUCAAGCGAGAGAGGAAACGGCACAUACUGCAGCACAGAAAAAACAUGACAGCAUUAUGCAAACGAUAGUAAAUUCGAUCACUGAUGUCGUUACAAGUGUGCCAAGCGCAGUGGCGUUAACACUGUUGCUCCGAUUCGAAAAAGCAGCCGAAAAAUUGAUGGAAAUUGGUGACAAGUCCGGAUGCAAAGAAGCUAUUCGAAGGGCAAACAGAGAAAAGAUAAAUCACUUAGAACAAGUGGAGAAGGAACGGGACCGUCGACGAGAAGCCAUACAACAAUGCCUAGAAUUCACACAGAAGAUCAUAAAUUGCGAAGACGACAGCGAUUUGGCACAGGCACCCAUUGACGCUUUGCACAACUCUGUUGGUGCACUCAAAUCUCUCUCUAACACCAUGAUGAAAGUGUCCAUGUUUUGGGAGGUGAUGCGAAUACAGUGCAACGACUUAGCUCAAGGUGACGUAAAAGAAGCCGUCGAGAUGAUGAUUGAAAUGCCCAAAGAAGAACGACUAAAAACGUGGACAUCCACGGGAUUCAAGGAGGAAGCCCUGGGUUAUUAUUCAAAGUGGGUUGCUCUAAACAACGUGUCUAGUGUGUACAUGUUACAGAUAGAGGACACCUCGCGGAAAUUGCACGAAUACCUAGAAUUCAACCCAACCACUGAAGAGGCAAAAAGCGAAGUACGUCGACUGGCUUCUGAAUUCGCCGAUGAUUUGAGGCAAGAUCAAGAAAAGGACGAAGAGGAGUCCCGGCUUAAAGAAACACAGAAAAGCUCCGAAUAA